UGUACACAAUUUGUGUUUUUUGUUUUUGAUCUUUCAGCUGCACCAGCUCGCAUUGUAUUACUUGAUGACGGAAAUAUACUUCUUGUUUUAAACAAUUGAUCGGCCAAUUUUCAUUCGACCAUUUUUACCACAUCAACUCUGCUAAGAUUUUACCCUUGCUGUCUUCGAACUUUUCGACAUUACUCAGUACAUUCAAGGGCCUUAGGACACAAAAGAAUAUCAGACUCCGUAGCAGCGUCAAAAAUUACGAUAGAAAAGUAUAUUUCAAUUAAGAAAAUAAUCGAUGAGGCCAGCCAUCUGGAAAAGACAAAAAACAUAGUAUAAACAACCUUCCCUCUCCCAAUGUAUCCUGUGCAGCAAACAAAUGCGGUAUCAGUUCGUUUAACCGUUUCAAAAAAAGAACAUCAAAGAAUUUGGUAAAUCACAUUAGAACCCAGAAUGAGUAUAAAUUCUAGAUCGCUAUUAGUGAUUGAUCCGAUGCUUAAAGAACUCUCUGUAAUGACUGUAUAAAAUGUGAGCUCGUCUAAUUUUAACUAAAAGUUGUUUCGUUGCUUAUUCACUUUUGAACUUUAAUGGCUCUCUCUCUCUCAAGCAGGGAUUUCAGAUCUUCUGAUUUUGGUAGAAAAAUUCUGAUUUUUGGAACUUCUGACUCGUUUCUCUUCUUUUUCGCUCAAAGAUCUACUGAUUUUCUGAUGAGAAAAGGUUAAGUUUCUAGAAAUAUCACUGGUAAGUUUUUAUCCUCUGAAAAAAUAAAAAAAGAUGGGAAAUAUAGAAGUACUGUUUUAAUUACCUUAGUUGUUAGUGUAUGAGUUAGUAAUCGUAGGGGACCAAAACAAAUGAUUAAUUCGUUAAGGAUGGUUUCUGAAAUCUAUUCUGUUUGUAUUCUGAGGUUGUUGAUCAGAUAGAAUUAUUAAUUACUCAAGCAUUAGGUACAGCAGUUAACGAAUUGGCAAGAGCACCAGUCAAAACCUAUUUUGUUAAUGUGGGUAUUUUGGGUUUACGUGGCUAUUCCAGCAUUAAUUGCGUGUAUGUCAAUGAAUGGUAUUUAAAUAAAGUUAUAUCGGAUCAACUCUCACUUCCAUCGAGACCCGAUUCAAAACUAUUAUCAUUAAUAACUGCAAUAGAUUUGAUGACAUUAACAAUUAACUGCCCAUGUUCGCAUACGACAGGAUUAACCAGAUCAUCUAUUGAUAACAAAUUCGGACGUCUUGCUGAAAAGUCGAUUUUUGAUGAACAAAUUUAUUGGUUUGCGUCAAUCGCAAGAGUUAAAGUGAAUUUUUUAGAAACAUUUGUGUAUGCAAUAGAAAGUUCAUCAAAAUUACCAACAUUAACAGCUAAUGAUAAAGCGAUCAAACGACACAUUCCUUUACCAUGUUCAGCUAUCGAUUUCUUUUUCAUCCUGUUUUUUUCUAAAAUAAAUAAAAUUCAAGAUUUGUACAAAGAAAUUUAG